AUGCCUGGGGAGCAGCCCCGCGGAGCACCAGCCCCAACCAUGACCGGAGGCCUACAGUCCUGCCAAACAACCAGCGGCAUGGCCAGUGGCACAGCCACACAACCCCCCUGCGAGGACGGCACCCCAGCCAGCAGGACCGCCAAGGCCACACGGGAGGCGAGCAGUGGGGUGCAGGCCAUGGAACCCCCGGAUACCCAGCCUGGGCAGGCUAGGGAGGUGGAGCCCAAGGCCCCCCUCCUGAGACCCCAGCCUCUAAGCAGCCCCCCCAGAAAAGGUGGCAGCCCCCGGACCCCACUAGAAAGGAGCCACACACAGGCUCCCACGCGGCAUGCAGGCAGGGCGGACGGCAGCCCCCAGCAGCUCUACACUCUGAGCAUUUCAGGCUCAAGGGCCAGACCUGCCCUGGACGAGACCCCGGAGGGGCCACAGCAUGAAGCCCCCGGGCCCCCAGAGGCAGAGGCCCCUCCUGCCCCAGAAGAGCUCAGCUUCCAAAGGUGCUUCCAGGAGACCCCCUCCAGCUUUACCUCCACCAGUUAUACCUCACCAAGUGCCACCCAGGGGCCCCCACCCCUUAGGGCCCCCCAGAGCAGUGGUGCCAGCCCCUGCAGGCUGGCCUCCUACUCAGAACUCCAGGCCAGUGGGGCCGAUGCCUGGCUUCCCACUGCCGAGAACAACUUACCAGGUGCUAGUUUUCGGGUCCUCCCUGCGAAGCCGGAGCCCUUUCCUGAAAGCGGCAGCCCCAGGGUGGACUCUUUCCAGUUCCCCUUCCCCACGCUGCACGGGGCCAGCCCAAAGCCCUUCCCCAAGGACACGGCAAGGCCUGAAUACCCAGAUAGGGCGCUGGUGUUUGCCUUCCACCAGCCUCGGGGGGAGUGGCAGGAGGAGGCUGUGGGCACAGGCUCGACCUACCCCCUGCCCACCCAGCCUGCUCCUCCGCCCCCGCCCUGCUACCCCAGCCAGCCCAGAGGCCUUGACCCGCCCAGUGACCUCGGCCGUGCUCUCCCCCCAUCUGGUGCUGCUCUCCCAGCCCCCAGCCCCUUCUCAGAGAGCACGGCCACUUUCCCAGACAGUUUGCACAAGAGCUUGACCAAAGCCCUCUCUGAGAGACCACCUUCAGCCCACAAUGGGCUGGGGAGCCCCAGGGGACCCCCAAACUCUCUGCCCCGGGGGCACGUUCCCGGGCAGGCAUAUGGAAGCCCGGGAGCCAGUGGGGUGGGCACCAGUCCUGGGUCUCUGGACACAGAGUUGGCCACCCCUGGGCCCCCACCCACCAGACUGCCCCAGCUGUGGGAUCCCACCACAGCCUCUUACCCCGCACCUCCCCCGGGCCCCCUGGCCGCUACGAGGAGUGCUUUCUUUGAAGGCCAGCCAAGCCCAGGCCAGCAGCUUGGCCUCCCCCAGAACCCCCCGCUGCCCUGGCCCCAGAUGCUCCCAGCCACUGGACCCAGACCCCAUGAAGUGGAGAUGCUGAGCCAGCUGCCUUUUCCCUCAGGCACCCCUGAGUGGCAGGGGGGAAGCCAUGUAGCCCUGGUCGCUGCCAGCAAGACACCUGGGCUGGGGGAGAAGCUGGCAGUUCUGAGAAACAGCCCGGGCCAGCAUGGCGGCGGCUCCCCACGGCUCUUCACCUACAACGGGCUGCAGGACCCUGGGCCCCAGCCCCUAUUCUUUGGUGUAGCCCAGCCCCAGGUCUCCCCCCGAGGGACCUCUGGCCUGCCCCAACCGAGGCUGGUGGCAGCCUCUCCCAGUGAGUCCCCACUGCCCUCACCUGCUACCAAUACAGCCGGAAGCAGCACCUGCUCGUCGCUGUCACCACUGUCCAGCAGCCCAGCCAACCCCAGCUCAGAGGAGAGCCAGCUCCCUGGCCCACUAGGGCCUUCUGCCUUCUUCCACACCCCAAGUCAUUCCCAGGAGAAGAGCAGCCCCUUCCCGUCCCCGGAGCCCUCACACACCCUCCCCAUCCACUACCAGCCAGAGCCAGUCAAGACCUUCCCUUUCCUCACAGAGGGGCUGGGGGCCGAGGGCACCUUCAAAUGCCUGGAGGAGGCCCCAUUCCCUAGUGUGGCCCCCGAGGUGGGCAGCAGGGGCCUGGAGGGCUUCCCCCCGGAGCCACCCCCCUACUCCGCCCACCACUUCCCCCUCAGCAGUGCCAGCCUGGACCAGCUGGACGUGCUGCUCACUUGUAAGCAGUGCGACCGCAACUACAGCAGCCUAGCCACCUUUCUGGAGCACCGGCAGUUCUGCAGUGCGCUCCUGGCCAGGACCAAGGACAGCCACCCGCAGCCCUCAGAGCUCCCCACAGCCCCCACUGUCCCCUCUGUGCUGGCUGCUCCCAAAGCAGCGGCCAGCGGGAACCCAAGCCUGCUCAGCCACACCAAGACAGUCCCCUACCUGCUAGGGGCAGACGGCCGGGUAGAUGGCAAAGACGACCCCCUGAGGACAAGUUUCCUGUCCGGCCUGACCACUGCCCCCUUCCCACUCUCUGCUGUGGACCUGGACCUGGAGGAUGAUGCCAAGCUGGACAGCCUCAUCACUGAGACGCUCAACGGCCUGGAAUACCAGUCAGACAACCCGGAGAUUGACAGCAGCUUCAUUGACGUCUUUGCCGACGAAGAACCUUCAGGCUCCAGAGGUCUCAGUGUUGGGCUCACCCCGAAGACAAGGGUGGGGGCCACACCAGAGAACAAAGCUCAGCUCCUGCUCCCAGCUUUGGAGCCCCAGGCUCCCCGCCCUGGGGACGGAGGCCACUCAGCUUGCAAUAGGCCUAAAACCCGGUCCCUGAGCCUGGUGAAUACAGUAGCAGAUGGGGCCAGCCUGGGCAGCCAGCAGAAGAGAGGGAAGCAGUUUAAGUUUUUCCAGGGAGAGCUGGAUACAUCCAAUACUGCCAAGAGGUCAGGCAGGGGCACCAGAGCCACCUGCCUGAGGCCCAGGAGAAGGCGUAACAGGGCUGAGCCAGCCCCACCUUGCCCCCGGGACCUCAGGACACAAGCCCCCAAGGGCCACACAGAUCCCUGUGGUAGAGCCCUCCCAGCAGAGACCAGGAGCUCCAAGCGCCUCCGACUGUCCCCGGGGAAAGAGUCCAGGAGGAGGAAGGCACAGGGCGGCACCUGGAGCAAGGAGCUCAUCCACAAGAUUGUGCAACAAAAGAAUCAGCUGCACAAGCUGCAGGCGCAGCGUGGCCAGGGCAGGUGCUUCUCCCCAGAGACAGACAGUCCCGCACCCAGCACCCUGGACGGCAGGCUCCGGGAAUAUGACUACGCCUCAGAGUCUGAGGAGGAGGACCACUCGCAGCCACGGGGCUCCCGCGUCAGAGGCCAGCCCCUCCAUGGCUGCCGGCAGUGGCGCCGAGGUGAGAAGAGAAAGGAGGUAGACUUGACCCCGAGUUCCAGAGAAGAUCGAGAGCAGCAGAAACCCAGGAAGGUCGUGAGGAAGGAAACCACGAAGUCGGGCAUGCCUCGCCCAGGCCCGGGUGAGAACCCCGCGGCCCAGGGCCCACUGCAACGCCCUAAGACUGGACAGGGUCCUGAGGAGAGAGACCCCGAGAGUCUCCUGCAGAUUCCCACCAGUGCCAAGACCCCAGAGGAAAGCCAUUCACCGCUGGACUUCCAUCAGGAUUUUCCACCUGUCACCACAAAGCUUCUCAGAGAUGUUUCCAGCUCUCCUCCAUCCACCUGUGUGGGAGGAAGUCCCUGUUCCCCAGCCCCAGAGCGGCCACAGCCAGGCAGAGAGGACACCAUGGUGCCCCACAGGAGCUCGUCAGCACCAGGUGCAGGCAGUCUGCUGAAUGAGCGCGGGUGCACGGAACCCACCAUCUCUCAUGAUGAAGAGGACCCCCCGGCCUACCUGCCGGGAGAAUCGCUGGUGCCCAUCACUAACACCAGCACUGCCCACCCCGCAGCCAGCGUCCUGUUUUUAAAGAGCCCUGAGCUUGAGUGUGACUCAGCUCUUUUUCACAGAGACUCCAUGGUUCCAGCUGACAAAAAGGGGCUGCAGCCCUACAGCAGCCCCCACAGCGAGUUGCUCCUUGGACCCAAAAACCUGGCUGGCUGUUUCGGUGAAGACUUGUACUCCAAGCCCUUAGCUCUGGACACUCCUCCAGCCAGCAGCAUGCACCUGUGCCAGGAUGGUGUGGGCGCCAGUUCCCUCAAGUCAAAACCUCCCGGGAACCCGCCGUACGCAGUCAACACAGACCCCGACAAAGCCGAGUCCCCACUGACUGCGGAGUCCACGCCCCUUCUCUCGGGGUUGCCCGCGGGGGACUUUGACUCCCCUAUCUACAGCAGCCUGUCUGGAAAUGGGGGUGCACACUCGCCACCCACAUGCAUUGACCCUCCCCUGAGGAGACCCCAGCUGGACCCACCGUACCCCUCAUUUCUGCCUGAGAAGGACUGGUCCCUAUUGGAGGAAGUUUCUCCGGUGCUAUGCAGCCAUCUGGGCCCUUUCCCUCCGCUCUCAGGGGAAAAGGCAUUCAGCAAGAAGAGUCCUCGCGAGCAGACGGUGGCUGCCAACCCGCUCCCUUUGCCUUGCAAGGUUAACGAAUGUAGCAUGGCUUUUAUGGGCAACUUGUCUGAAGAUGAAUUGGAGAUCAAAAGAUUGGUCACUGAAUUAGAAAGUCAGCUAGAAAGUAAAGGCGAGCACGGGGUCCCUGGGGAGCUGCACAGAGCUCAGAACACAGGCAGAGUUCCCUCGGGCACCAGCGCCCCCCUGCCCCCACACCAAGCUGCUGCUCCUAAAAAGGACUCGCUCUCCGCAGCUGACCCCACUGGUCUUGGGGAACUGAGCCCACACCAGAAAGGAGCAGAAUCAGCCAUGGCCACCAUGGAGGGGACCCUGGAGAGCCCGCAGGAGGAGUGGCCCUCAUUUCACCCCAGAAAAGCAGCCACUCCCCCUGGUACCCACAAAGACCAGGUUUCUGGGGUUCCUUUCAGCCCCACUGGGGCUAGCCUCAGUUUCCAGCCAGUGCAGGACACCAGAGUCUCCAGGAUGGGGCUCCCCAAGGCUGAAGAGGGCCGCGGGGUCUGCCCAGAAACCUGUCUCCCGGACCCUGGAGAGCCACUCAGGUCCCUGUCAGACAGGGGACAUUUAGCAAAGUGUAGUCCAAACCGUGAGCCUUUACUUCCUAAAAAUAACAGGGCCACUAGACUCCAUCACAACGAAGAUAUCCUGCUGCUUCUUCCCUGCACUCGGACAGGGCUGUCCCCGGGACCCUGCAGGGCACAGGGGCCCUGCCAAGAUGCUGCCGAGCUGGAAGCACUCAACAGCCCUGCUGCCCGUCCGGCGCCUGACUUGGCAUUUCGGGGUGCUGGAGUUCUGCAUCUUGGUGCUACUCCACCUUCUGGUUCCAGUCACAGUGAGGUCCUCAAGGGACAUUCUGUAAGCGGCACAGAUGGGCCAAAAGGAGCAGAUCCCCUCAACCCUGUAGCAGGGGGGCCUGGCUCUGAGGGUAACGAGGAGUUUGUACCAGCAGGAGCCUCUGCAAGUCCUGCUUGCUUGCCCAACACCAGUCCCAGCAGGAGGCCCCAGGAUCCCUCUGGAAGCCCAAUACGUCAGCUCCAGCUCCUGGUGGCCAGAGCAGCUGAGAGCGAAGAUGCUGCCCAGGGCUUGCAGGGGUCCCCACUUGCCGAUGCCCAGAGCCCUCAGCAGAGCAACCCCUUAAAUGUGGAAGGGGACAGAGUGGAAUGUGGGGACAUGGCCCAGGGCCCUGCCAAGGGCUCGGAGUGGGGUGUGCAGAUAACAACCAUCCCUGCAAUGGCCAGAUGUCAGCUGGGGCCAGAGAGAGAUGACCACCUGGGCUCACUCAACCAGGCUGAGAAGCUCAAAGGCCAAAACAAAGCCAGCCAACUUCAACCAGAUAACUGGGGGAGCCCAGGGGAAGUAGAUGACCUAGCCGCAGUCAAUGUCGAUCCUGAAGCCACACAGGACAUCCUGGCCGGGGCUGCAGACCAGCUGCGGGGGGCAGUUCGGGGAAUCAGGACAAACUUGGGCCUUCAGGAUGAAGCCCAGUCCACACUCAGCCCCACCUCCUCGGAAUCGGAAUGUUUGGUCCCGUCCUUGGCAGCAACAUAUGCCCAGAAUGGGCCUGAGGACUGGAUUCAGGAGGUGGCAGGUCCAAGCCCUAAGAAGCACCUGCUACUCCCUGAGGAGAGCCCUGAGCUCCCCACGAGGGGCCUGGCUGGCUGUGCCCCCUUGCCCACUCCCGCAGCCAUCCCUGCUCCUUGCAACCUUGAGCUCGUGCUCCAGGAGGACCCUCCCACGGUGCCUUUGGGCAAGCUGAGGGGGCUGCUCCCAGCGUCUCCAUCCUGCAGGGAUCCUGCCAGCACAAAGCACCUGCCAGCCUAUUCCUCUGGCUGCACAGCUCUGGAAAGGGCUGAGAAUACCCCAGAUCCCACAGAUUCUAGGGCCGAGGGGUCUCUGGCAACCCCCUCACCUUUGAGGACAAGCCCCUGUGACCUCAAGAAAAGCCAGGCUUGCUGCUCUCCCCUAGGGGAACAAAGCUCCCCGGAAGACCCUCCCCUGGGCCAGCCAGGCUUCAGCAAUGUUUUCACUCCCACCCAUGUGGGGGACCACCCUGAAGGCCGCAAGUCAAGACCACUGGGGGGUUCCAGAAAACAGAGUCUGAGGGGAUCUCCUGCCUGUGAUGCCACUCCUCCCCCAGCGAGGGCCAUGUCCACAAGAGUGACCAUCAAGGCUGCUUCCCUACCUGGCAUUCCCACCAUAGAUGGCACGGAGGCAGUCAGAGGCCCCAGGACUGAGUGGCCAGAUCCCCACUGCAGGGGCGUCACGCCCAACACCAGCCCAGACAGGACACCCGAGGGUCCCUCCUCAGAACACCCAGGAAACAGAGAUGGCCAGAGCACCGCUAUUGUGCCCACUGACCCUCCCACCCAGAGGACAGCUGGGCCAGAGCCCCAUGCCUGCCUGGAAGGUGGGGUGGCGGCCAGUCCCCAGGGCCAAGAGGACCUUAGGACACCUGGGGCUGGGCGCCCUGGCAUUACAAAGGCCUCAGGAGCUGGCACCAGAGGUCCAAGCGUCACCUGCCCUUAUGAAGAGCUCCUCCAGGACAGAGCCACCUCUCUGAGCAAUACAGCCAGCAAGUUCAGACCCAGCUCCCCCCAGAGCCUCAGCAGUGUCUCCCACCAGAUGCCCCAGGGGGACCUUCCAUGUUCCCAGGACCACAAACAGAAGCCUUGUGGCUUCAAAAAGAGACCCAUGUCUACGGAGGACAACCUCUGGAAGGACCAAGGCCCCAGCCGGCAGCCUGUGACCUGUGAGGUCUGCUCAGCCACCUUCCGGUCCAGGCCAGGCCUAAGUCGCCAUAAAGCCAGGAAGCACAAGCUGCACGGGGGAGCCACCUCCCAGCCAAGCCCUCCAGCCCCACCUGCUCCUCCACCUGGGGAGCCUGCAGCCCAGAUGAGCCGCCCACCUGGGAAGAAAAGCCGCAGGGCUCUUGGGAAGGAGAAACCAAGGCACAGGCUGAGCAGCCCCAGCCACACUACCGAGUCACCCCCGGUCCAGGGCUCCGGGGCUCCUGAGGAUGUCCCAGGCCCCGAGAUGUCCAAGGGGCUCAAGCAGGGGCUUGGCAUUCUGAGAACACCAGGCCGUGCCCCCAGCCAGGAACCACCCGCCCUGGGUGCAGUCAGGCGAGGAGUGGGCUCGAGGCCUGCAGAGCCCAGGGAGUGGGACCUGCUGCCGAAGGAUGCGCCCUGCCCCAAACAGGCAGAGAGAGGAGGAGGCCAGAGGCAGCGCAGACAGUCCAUGAAUGUCCCCAGUGAGUCAGAGAGGAAAUCAAAUAAGACGAGAAAGCCAAGAGCAAGAAAGUUCGAGGAGGAGAGCGGUCCUCAAGCCUCUCCUGAUGUGAUUUCAGAUAGAAGCCGCUGGAAUCCAUCACCCACGAUUGUCAGUUACCCACCCGCUCUGAGCUGCAGCCUCUCACAGGAGGCAGAGCAGGAGACCGAGGUCACGCAGUCGCCUCUCCCCAUGGCCACAGAGCUGCAGGAGACACCCACGCAGAAGUCACCUGGGAAUUGGGUGACCCCUCCAGGAAGGAAGGAGGGGGUGACUCCUGGGAAAGGGCCAGAGGGUCAGAAGGCAGCCUUGACAAGGGGGGGCUGGGGGCCCAGAGAGACCAGGAUUUGGGGUGUCUGCAGAGAUCUGUCAAGGGCAGCUGGGAGUGCACCUGCAGGGGACAGCAGGGUGGCUGACUGCAGGUCAGGGCAGGCUGACUGGGAAGGGCACAGGCCCCCCAGGGGACUGCCAAGCCCUCCAGAGACUAGUGGUUCUGAAGCAGGAGGCACCAUCAGCAGCUGCCUCCAGGGCCCCCAGCACAACCCAGAAAACAGGGUCCAGGAGCCUGAAGACAUCACUCCUGAAGCCCCUAGCCCAGGUCUUGGGGACCCUUUGAGCUUGUUUGAUGACGAAGCCUCCUUUUCCCAGCUCUUCCCUCUUGGCAACCGCUUCACUCGGAAGAAGAACCCCCGAGUCUACGGGAAGCGCUGCAAAAAGCCAAAGCCUCCACCAUUGCCGGAACCCAGAGGGGAGUUCCAAAGCAGCGCUGCUCUGCCCUCUGCCCACGUGCCUACGGAUCUCAGUGACUCAGGUUCCCUCUGCUUGGCCCUCGAGGACCCGUGGAGUGACGAGGCCACAGGCCUGCCUGAGUCCUUCCUCCUGGAUGGCUUCCUCAGCAGCAAGGUGCCUGGCAUUGACCCCUGGGCCCCUGGACCCAGCCUGUGGUCCCUUGAGCCUGACCCAGAAGCAGACUGUGCUGAGCAGGAACCCUCCUGCAGUGCCGAGGACCACCCGUUGGAGAAUAUUCCCGAGCUGCACAUGGUCCCCGCAGCUUGGCGAGACCUGGAGCUGCGGGCCUCCGCCGAGGAGACUGCCUCUUCUCUCGGAGACAUGAGCCCUGAGCCCCCCAACCUGGAGCGAGAACACUACGACCACGGGCUCCCGGGCAAUGCCGUGGAGGUUGAGAGACUCAGCACCAAACUUGAGAUGCAAGAUCUGUGCUUUCUGGGAACCUGCGAAGACCCUAUGGUUCUCCCCAGUGUGAGCUUCUUAGACUUCAAGGCCACAGCAAAUGCCCAGGGGCCACAGAGCAAAAGAACAGAGGAGGUGGCAGGGGCCAGAAGGGCCCCAGGCAGAGACCAGAAUGCCAAGGCCAGGAGGGCGCCCUACAAGUGCAGGGUGUGCUUCCAGCGUUUUCACGGCCUGGGUGAGCUGGACCUGCACAAGCUGGCCCACAGCCCCUCCCCACCCCCCACCUGCUACAUGUGUGUGGAGCGCAGGUUCGGCUCUCGGGAGCUGCUGCGGGAACACCUGCAGGAGAAGCACAUGCAGGGCCGGGCGGGGCUGUGGGCCUGCGGCAUGUGUCUGAGGGAGGUGGCCGACGUCUGGAUGUACAACGAGCAUCUGCGGGAACAUGCCCUACAGUUUGCCCGAAAGGGGCCAGCACGGAGGUCCCUGGGGGACCCACCUGGAUGCUGGGAGGAGGACAGCACUGUCACACGCUUCCUGAGCAGCAUAAUGGGGCAGGCAUCCAAACCCCACAGGGGCAAGUGCUCAGUUGGCCAGGCAGAUGGGGGCCCCACAGAGAAGGGGAGGGCAAAACCCAAGUUUCGUACCAACAACUCAAACCAGGAUGGCACUUUAAUGCCAGAAAGCCAUUUAGCCAACAACAACCCGCCAGCCUGCACAAAUCCCACUCUACCCAGCAGGUCUGCCACUCUCCCUGGCUCUACCAAGAUGUGCCCUAGCCCAUCCCCUGAACCCCGCUCCAACCGAGAGCCCCUACUCCACACCAUCCCAAUGCACCAGGACUGCAAGGACCCCUCCAGAGACUGCCACCACUGCGGCAAGCGGUUCCCCAAGCCUUUCAAGCUGCAGCGCCACCUGGCGGUGCAUAGCCCACAGCGCGUCUUCCUGUGCCCCCAGUGCCCAAGGGUCUAUCCUGAGCCCAGUGAGCUGCGUGUGCACCUGGCCAGGGAGCAUGGUGUGAGGGAGGAGCUGGAGCUGCAGCACACCCCACUGUACGCCUGUGAGCUCUGUGCCAACGUCACGCACAUCAGCAAGAGGUCCUUCAUCUGCAGCUCCUGCAACUAUACGUUUGCCAAGAAGGAGCAGUUUGACCGACACAUGGACAAACACCUGAGGAGGGGGCAGCAGCCCUUCACUUUCCGCAGGGUGCGGAGGCCAGGUGCCCCUGGGCAGAAGACCCAGGGGGGCUCACUGCCUAGCAAACAGCGAAGAGUGGCCACGCCCAGCAGCACCCCUGGGCCCGUCGUGGACAGGCCUCUGUCUCUGGGCAGCAGCCCCACCCUGAACAAGGCGUCCCUCCCAGCCCUGCUCCAGCUCUGCUCGGAGGCGGCUCCCAACAGCACCAAGGAGCAGCCUGGAACCCCGGAGAGGUCCACGGAUCCUGUGGAACACCUGGCCAGGAGUGACAAUCUGCCCUCUGACCCCCAGGAGCUCCUCCCAUCUCUGUCUCCUUUCCCAGCAGCCUCAGCUGAUGGCAAACAUGGCCACAAGCCAGACCAAGCCCUGGACAGCCCCACAGAUGAGGCUUCCCCAGGCAGUCCUAGGCCUCUUCUCCAGCAGGCUCUCCCUUUGGAGGGGUCCCUGCCCCGGCCAGGGGCCAGAGGCCAAGCCAUAGAGGAACAGAGGGCUGUUGGCCCAUUCUCAGGGAAAGGCAGGACCCCGAGUGUCCCCGGCAAAUGUGACCCUGACCAGUGCCCAGAAGCCACCUCCCUGCUCUGGAGGGACAGGCAGGUGUCCACAUGCCACAUGACACCUGAGGGUGUAGAGGAGGUCAAAGGAGUCCGCUCCCACAAGGGUGCUGCCACCAAGCACGGGAGCUGUCGGAGUUCGUCAAAGGACAGGCCAGCUCUGGCUGUCCCUAGCAAAGCACCCAAGUUCCCAGUGAAACCGAAGAAAGCCAUGGCCAGCCCAACACCUGGGGAGCCAGCCCGUGGCACUGAGGACAGGCAGAAGCCCAGCGCCCUCAAAGUCAAGCCAGGUCCCAGUUCCCAGGGCGAUGGAGGCCCACAGCACGGCAGCAAGACAGCAGGUGGCAGCCGGCCUCAGCCAGCCAGUGGGCAACUCCAGAGUGAGACGGCCACCACCCCAGCCAAGCCCAACUGCCCCAGCCAGAGUUCUGCCAUGGACAAGCCCCCAACUCGAGCCCUGGCCAAGGGCUACCCCAAGGCACCAAGGGAAGCUGGUGACCAGGGGCCCCAAGGGAUCCUGGUCCCCAGCGAGGACAGGGAGGGCAAGGAGAAGAAGAGAAAGGGCCGGACUCUGGGACCAAGCAGGAGUGACGGUAUGGGGAGCUUGGGGAGAGCCCUUUUAGUCCCUGACAAACCCCCCCGGGCUCCCCGAAAACAGGCUACUCCCAGCCGUGUGCUCCCUGCCAAGCCCAGGCCCAGUAGCCAGAGCAGCUCUACGGUGUCCCAGCCCUCAGAGCAGCAGAAAGCAGAGCCCAGCCACACACACCGGGACUUCAGACGCAGCAAGGAUGGGUCGGGCAAGGCCUUCUCCCAGGUGAGACCCCUGCACAGGACCCCCAAGAGGGGAAGACCUGUCCACGGUGCUGAACGUGCCAACUCCCGAGCGUGCUGGACAGCUGAAUCCCAGAACGACCUCCUCAGCCAGCUCUUUGGACAGAGACUAACCAGCUUCAAGAUCCCUUUAAAAAAGGACCCUUCUGAGUAA